GUCCUGAGGUCGAAUGAUAACUGGGUCGUUGACUGAUCCCCGCCGGGUUCAGUCGGGUCUCCCGCAGUCCGUCGAAUGAGAAGGAUCAAUGAGCGGUGCUGGAAUGAUGAGAAUGUCGGAUGCCUGAGCGAACUCGUAAAGCGCACUGUUGUCAAUGCCUUAGUGUCGGUGGGGGGGUGGGUGACAAGGGACUCCGUGGGAGCCUAUGGAUGUGAAUACAGUCGCUAUUGGAGCAGGCGUAAGCGCUAUGUAUAUGCGCUGCAGCAGGACGCCGCUCGAUGCUGGCGUGAUUCUAUGGACCAGAGCAGGUGAGAGACGUGAUGAGGUAACGGGGUUUCGUGGCCUACCUAGGAAGUGUCUAGGAGGAACGUGGCGGCGGAUCGAUUCGCAGCCGGCGGAAUAUUGGUUCGGUUUGUACCUUAAACGGCGCCCAUCGCGUAGAUCCGGUCGCGUACAAAGCUGCUGGGUUGGUCCUUGCUUGAGCACAAAUCUGAGGGAGGGAAGACGUGUGGGAAAGGAGACGAGUAGUGGAAAGCGGUCGCUGAAGGCGAUGAGUAGAGAUAUCGGCUCCCCAAGCAAAAGAUUCGGAGAGAGAGAGAGAGAGGGAGGGAGAGAGACGUUGUACUACCUAACUUGCAAAUACGAGAAAGACAGACGGAAGGGAAGAAAGAGAGAAGAAAGAUCGGGCAGCAAGAAUGCGGUAAAACGGUACAAGAGGGAGUGGCGAUUAAAGUCAAAAUACGGUAUGACUAUUAGUCAACGCGAACAAGAGAAAGAAAGCACUGGCCAGAAUAAGGAAAGAUUGUUCGCGACGACGAGGAGCGUGAGAGGGUAAGAGAGAGGGAGGGAAAAAGGAAGCAAGCGCGCUCCAAAAUGCGAAUGAAAGUCCAGUCGAUCCGAUCGAUUAUUUGGGAGCGAGUCGGGAUGGAAGGGAAAGAGCCCUCUUUCUUCUCUCCU